CUCAAUUAUUACUUCCAUACCCUCUUCUAUAUUAUCUUUUUAUGUGAUCAUGCUGCUGAUAAAGCAUGACAAGUCGUUUCAUCAUCUUUAUGUGCUUAUUGUGCUUUUGUUGCUCAUGAAACUUGCACCUGGGUUCAUUUCUGGAGUGAAAGGGGCAACUUUCGGGUGCAUAGAGAGGGAGAGACAAGCCCUUCUCAAGUUUAAAGAAGACCUUAUUGAUGACUUUGGUAUUCUUUCAACUUGGGGAAGUGAAGAAGAGAAGAGGGAUUGCUGCAAAUGGAGAGGAGUUGGAUGCAACAAUCGAACUGGUCAUGUUACUCAUCUUGAUCUUCACCGGGAGAAUGGCGGCAAGUAUUUAACUGGUAAGAUCAGUAAUUCAUUACUGGAGUUGCAGCAUUUGAGUUACCUGAAUCUAAGUGGAAGCAAUUUUGAAGGGAAUCCUUUUCCAUAUUUCAUUGGAUCUCUAAAAGAAUUAACAUACCUUGAUCUCUCUUCUAUUGGUGUUACUGGAACUCUUUCAAAUCAGCCUUGGAACCUCUCAAAAUUACAAUCUCUUGAUCUCAGUUAUAAUUAUGGGGUUAAUUUUAAAAAUCUUAACUUCCUUUCUAACCUUUUUUUUCUUGAGUAUCUUUACUUGGAUGAAAACAACCUUAGUCAAGCCACUGAAUGGAUACAAACGAUUAACAAAUUCCCUUUUUUAAAAGUCUUAUGGUUAAGUGGCUGUGAUCUUUCAAGUGUCAGUCCUCCCUCUCUUUCUUUUACAAAUUCUUCUAAAUCCCUAGCUGUCAUUGAUCUAUCUCAAAACUAUCUUGCUUCUUCAACAUUCAAUUGGUUGUCCAACUUUAAUAACAGUCUUGUUCAUCUUAAUCUUAGGAGUAACUGGAUUAACAGUUCUGAAAACCUUGAUUGGCUUUCAUAUCUUUCUUCUUUGGAGUAUCUUGACUUGAGUCGCAAUAACCUUAGUCAAACGAUUGACUGGCUGCAAGUGCUUAACAGGCUCCCUCGCUUACAUGAAUUGUUGUUAAGUUCUUGUAGCCUUUCAAUUAUCGGUUCUCCAUCUCUUUCUCUUGUAAACUCCUCUAAAUCUCUUGCUCUCGUUGAUUUCUCUGAUAAUCAGCUUACUUCUUCAAUAUUUUAUUGGUUGGCAAACUUCGGUAGCAAUCUUGUUGAUAUUUACCUCUCAUAUAACCAAUUACAAGGUUCAAUUCCAGAUGCUUUCACAAACAUGACUUCUCUUAGGACUCUUCAUCUAUCCUCUAACCAAUUACAAGGUUCAAUUCCAGAUGCUUUCACAAACAUGACUUCUCUUAGGACUCUUCAUCUAUCCUCUAACCAAUUACAAGGUUAUUUGAGUUCAUUUGGGCAUAUGUGCAGUUUAAAUGCACUGUAUAUAAGUGAAAACAAUCUCACUGGAGAGUUGUCUCAGUUGUUUCAAGACUUGCAUGGAUGCUUGGAGAGCUCACUAGAGAUUCUGCAACUAGACGGAAAUCAGCUUCAGGGUUCACUUCCUGACAUCACAAGAUUCGCUUCCAUGACAGAGCUGGAUCUCUCUCGGAAUCAACUGAAUGGAUCUUUACCGAAACAAUUUAGUCAACGUUCUAAACUUGCUUUGUUGUACUUGGAUGACAACCAACUCACUGGAUCACUUACGGAUGUUACGAUGCUUUCAUCAUUAAGAGAGUUGUGGAUCGAUAACAAUCGCUUAGAUGGGAAUGUUUCUAAAAGUAUUGGAAGUCUAUUUCAGCUCGAGGAAUUGCAUGUUGGAGGGAAUUCCCUACAAGGUGUGAUGUCUGAAGCUCACUUUUCAAAUCUCUCCAAAUUAACGGUAUUGGAUUUAACUGAUAACUCCCUAGCUUUGAAAUUUGAGUCUAACUGGGCCCCUUCUUUUCAAUUGGUUCACAUAUUUCUUUCGUCUUGUAAUUUGGGUCCUCAUUUCCCUCAAUGGCUUCGAAAUCAAAAUAAUUUUGUGAAGCUAGAUAUCUCUGAUUCUGGAAUUUCAGAUACAAUCCCUAAUUGGUUUUGGAACUUGUCCAAUUCCAAGUUGGAAUUGUUAGACCUUUCCCACAACAAGAUGAGUGGAAUUUUGCCAGAUUUCGCAUCAAAAUAUUCCAAUCUCCAAAACAUAGAUUUGAGUUUCAAUCAGUUUGUGGGGCCAUUACCACUUUUUUCAUCAGAUACCACGUCAACCUUGUUUCUCUCUAACAAUAAGUUUUCAGGUCCAGCUUCUCUUCCAUGUAAUAUUGGAAGUGAUAUCUUCAGUGUUCUUGACCUCUCAAAUAACCUGUUGACGGAAUGGAUUCCUGACUGUUUAAUGAAUUUCACAAGUCUACGUAUUCUGAAUUUGGCCAGCAACAACUUUUCAGAUAAAAUUCCCAGCUUCAUUGGAUCAAUGUUCAAUCUUGAAACAUUGAGUUUGCAUAAUAAUAGCUUUGUUGGAGAAUUACCUUCGUCUUUGAGGAAUUGUAGUUCUCUAGUAUUUUUAGACCUGAGCUCAAAUAAGUUGCGAGGAGAAAUACCAGGGUGGAUAGGAGAAAGCAUGCCGUCUCUGGAAGUCCUUUCCCUACAAUCUAAUGGAUUCAAUGGAAGCAUACCGCCAAAUCUGUGUCACCUGUCAAGUAUUCUGAUCUUAGACCUAUCUCUGAACAAUAUCACAGGAAUCAUUCCAAAGUGCCUUAAUAACCUCACUUCCAUGGUUCAGAAAACAGAGUCAGAAUAUUCCCUUGCGAAUAAUGCUGUUCUUAGUCUGUAUUUCAGUGCACCAGGUAGCUAUGAUAGAUAUCAGAAUAAGAUCAGGGUUGGAUGGAAAGGAAGAGAGGAUGAUUAUGGAAGCACACUAGGACUUCUGAGGAUCAUUAAUUUUGCAAGAAAUAAAUUAAUAGGUGAAAUUCCAGAAGAAAUAACAGGACUCUUACUGUUGCUUGCACUGAAUUUAUCCGGAAAUAAUUUGACUGGAGAAAUCCCUCAAAAUAUUGGGCAGUUGAAACAGUUGGAAUCACUUGAUUUGUCAGGAAACCAAUUAUCAGGAGUGAUUCCUAUCACAAUGGCUGAUCUAAAUUUUCUGGCUUUCUUGAACCUCUCCAACAAUCACUUGUCGGGGAGGAUUCCGUUAAGCACUCAGCUGCAAGGCUUUAAUGCUUCACAAUUUACCGGUAACCUUGCAUUGUGCGGGAAGCCACUCUUACAGAAAUGCCCUGGAGAUGAGACGAAUCAAAGUCCACCUGCUAAUGAUGACAACCGAGGCAAAGAAGUCGUCGCUGAUGAAUUCAUGAAAUGGUUUUGUACUGCUAUGGGAAUUGGUUUUAGUGUAUUCUUUUGGGGAGUUUCAGGUGCUUUACUGCUAAAACGUUCCUGGAGACAUGCCUAUUUCCGGUUCUUGGAUGAAUCAUGGGACUGGCUCUAUGUGAUGGUAGCAGUGCGCAAGGCACGACUUCAACGAGCCUUUCAGAGGCUGCACGAGCACGUUCUUGCUUAGAAGGAUUGCAAGGAGCUGCAGCUGGGUGCAUAACAGGUCCUUUUUGUGCAAGGAGCUCGUACUGUUAGUGCACGUGUUUGCUGGAGCUACAUCGUCCUGUACCUUGGCAACUUCAUCUUCGUCUACUACAAGAAGUUUGAAAUAAGGUUCCAUUGGAGAAUUCUUUGUACACCUGCUGGGUUUCAAGGGAAACUAUGAAAGUGAUUAUGUAAUAUAUUAUGGAAUCUCAAAGUUGGUUUUUA